GCGGCGGCGGCGGCGGCGGUGCCCGGCGGGGAGCGGGCCCAGAGCGGGCCGCCGGACCCAAAUCUGAGGGGGUGGCGUCAGGGAGCUCCCCCGCCGGGGCCUCGGCGGCCUGAUGGAGUAAGUCGGUAGUGAGGGUGUGACGUUGAGUGCUUCAGAUCUGGUCACUAUGGUACGAGAACGAAAAUGCAUAUUGUGCCACAUUGUGUACAGCUCAAAAAAGGAGAUGGACGAACACAUACGGAGCAUGUUGCAUCACAGGGAACUUGAGAACCUGAAGGGCAGGGACAGUAGUCAUGAGUGCCGAGUGUGCGGGGUCACAGAAGUGGGUCUUUCUGCCUAUGCAAAGCACAUUUCUGGCCAGUUGCACAAAGAUAACGUUGAUGCCCAGGAAAGAGAAGAUGAUGGAAAGGGAGAAGAAGAGGAAGAAGAUUAUUUUGACAAGGAACUCAUUCAAUUAAUAAAACAAAGGAAAGAACAAAGUCGACAAGCCGAACCUUCCAAUAGCAGCCAAGAAGUAAAGUCUGAUGACAGGCGACCCCAAAGGAGACGAGAAGACCGAAUCCCUUACCAAGACAGAGAGAACUACAGUCAGCCAGCGCGGCAUCAUCGGGGACCUCCUCAGCGAGACUGGAAAUGGGAGAAAGAUGGCUUUAAUAAUGCUAGGAAAAACAGCUUUCCACAUUCUCUGAGGAAUAGUGGUGGGCCCAGAAGUUGUUCCGGGUGGCACAAGGGUGUUGCAGGUGGCUCCUCAACUUGGUUUCAUAACCACAGUAGCUCUGGAGGUGGCUGGCACUCAAAUAAUGGAAUGGUAGAUUGGAAUCACAAUGGUACAGGAAGGAAUUCCAGUUGGCAUUCGGAAGGAACAGGUGGCUUUUCCAGUUGGCACAUGACCAGCAGUAACGGAGACUGGAAAUCCAGUGUACGUAGUACAAAUAGUUGGAAUUACAGUAGCCCCGGAGACAAGUUUCAACCAGGCAGAAACAGAAACUCUAACUGUCAGAUGGAAGACAAGACUACGCUACGGAACAAGAAAUCUAAGUCGAAGAAAUACAACCAAGACAGAUAUAAAUGGCAGCGAAAAGAUAAGGACAAAGUUGGUGCAGUUGCCACCUACAGAGGUCCUUCUGAAGGAUUUACAAGUGAUAAAUUCCCUUCACAAGACUUUCUUGACUUCAACUUUGAGCAGCUGGAAAGCCAAACCACUAAACAAACCGACAGCAUGGCUUCCAAAGUCGGUGGGAAGAAUGGCAGUGCGGCAAGAGACAAGCUCCACCGCUGGACUCCUUACCCUUCCCAGAAGACUCUGGAUUUACAGUCAGGAAUGAAAGAAGUCGUUGGUACCAAGUCAGAAGUGAAAGAUAAGUCUCUCUUUGAUUUUUCCUUAAUAACCCUAGGAAUGCAAGAGCCCCAGAUGGAUGCGACAAAUAAUUGCCCAGUGCUGAAAACACAGAAAGAAACACAUACUGGAUCUCUGAAUCACAAAGCCACUUCUGACUGCACUACUUCCUAUGAGGCGGUGAGAGAAUGCCCUGUUACAGAAAAACCUGAACAAGGGCAUACCUUAAAUAAGAUGCCAUCCUUAAAAUCCCCACUUCUUCCAAUUCCAGUCACUAAAACAAUUCCUCAAAAGCAAGAUUCAAAAAAUCCCUCAAAAAACACCAAAGUAAGUUCUUUUUUUUCUGGAGAACUCUCAAAUCCCUUGAACAAACCCACUGUGGAAGACCAUCAUGGUUCUUCUUACAUGUCCAAAUUGCAAAGUUCGUGUCCUCGUGUUUUAAAAGGGAAUAAAAAUAAUUCAUUGGGUACUCAGAGGGAACCUGAUGAAAAUUUAAGGGACACAUUACAAAAAGCCAAGGAGAUGCUACAGUGUCAUGAGUCAUUGCAAAACCCAAUUCUUAGCACUUCUAAAAGGAUCUGGAACUAUGCAAAAGCAAGUAGGAAUGUAGAAGAGUCUGAAAAAGGAACUUUGAAGAUUGAGUUUCAAGCACACUCAUUAGAAGAUGAAAGUGAUGAAGAGAUAUCUGACACAGAAAAGUGUAGAACAAAAAUUGGAACCCUGGGUUCUGCAACUACAGGAGUUUUAUCCUGUAGCACUCACAAUGCUGAUGAGAAAGAGGGAGAUGACCAAAACCUGAAAACACCUAGAAAACUAUCCACUUCCCCAUGUAACUCAACAGUUCACCAGGAAGAACCUGAGUUGCAAAUGUCAUCUGUAGCCAGUCCACACACUGGCUUACUGCUAGACCUGAAAACCUCUCUAGAAGAUGUACAGGUUGAUGACCCUGUUAAAUCUCACGUGUCUUAUGAAACAGAAGGCUUUGAGAGUCCUAGCUUGGACUCAGAGCUUCAAAAAAGUGAUAUAACACAGCCCUCAGGCCUUCUCCUGCCUGAACUAAGCAAGCUCGGCUUUCCUGCCUCUCUCCAAAGAGAUCUCACCCGCCACAUUAGUUUGAAGAGCAAAACUGGAGCACACCUCCCUGAGCCAAACCUCAACAGUGCUCGCCGCAUUCGCAAUAUUAGUGGUCAUCGAAAGAAUGAGGCAGAGAAGGAAUCAGGGCUCAAGCCAACCCUUCGGCAGAUUCUAAAUGCGUCUAGGAGAAAUGUCAACUGGGAACAGGUCAUUCAUCAAGUAACCAAGAAAAAGCAAGAGCUAGGCAAAGGCUUGCCCAGGUUUGGCAUAGAAAUGGUGCCUCUCGUUCAGAAUGAACAAGAAGUCUCGGAUUUGGAUGAGGACCCCGAUCUGUCCAGUCUAGAAGGAUUCCAGUGGGAAGGUAUUUCCAUUUCUUCCUCCCCUGGGUUGCCAAGGAAGCGAAGCCUGUCUGAGAGCAGCGUGAUCAUGGACAGAACUCCUUCUGUGUAUAGCUUCUUCAGCGAGGAAGGCACAGGCAAAGAAAAUGAGCCCCAGCAGAUUUUUGCACCUAGUAACUCACUGAGGGCCACACAGAGUCAGAAAACCACCUUGAGCCUUAAGCAGGAAGUGACACCUCUGGCUGCCUCCCUGGGAACAGGUGAAAGGGCUGAAAAUGUUUCUACUCGAAGGCGACACAGUGCACAGUUAUCCUCUGACUGUACAAUACCUCUGAUGCACUUGGCCAAAGACCUGAAUAGCCAGGAGAGCUCUGCACAACCUUCAGAGAAUCAGAAUGCCCAGGAGAGUAAUGGAGAAGGAAACUCUUUAUCAUCCAAUGCAUGCUCAGCCCUUGCAAUCUCCAGCUUGGCAGAUGCAGCCACAGAUAGUAGCUGUACCUCUGGUGCUGAACAAAAUGACGGCCAGAGCAUUAGGAAGAAACGAAGAGCCACCGGAGAUGGAUCUUCUCCUGAACUCCCAAGUCUUGAGAGAAAAAAUAAAAGAAGGAAAAUUAAAGGAAAGAAAGAGCGUUCUCAGGUUGACCAGCUGCUGAGUAUUUCUUUAAGGGAGGAGGAACUAAGCAAAUCACUGCAUUGCAUGGAUAACAGCCUUCUGCAAGCCCGUGCAGCUCUUCAGACAGCUUAUGUGGAAGUUCAGAGGCUACUUAUGCUCAAGCAGCAGAUAACUAUGGAGAUGAGUGCACUGAGGACCCAUAGAAUACAGAUUCUACAGGGAUUACAAGAAACAUAUGAGCCUUCUGAGCGCGCAUACCAGGCUCCCUAUAGUAGCCUUGCACGAGAACCAAGGAGCAGUAGAUCUCAAACAUCAGCCGAUGCCACACUGCAGCCUACUCCCUUUCUCCCAGUUUUCCUGGAGCCUCCAUCUUCUCAUGUGUCUCCCUCAUCCACCGGAGCCCCUCUGCAAGUAACCACAUCUCCUGCUUUCCAAGCCCAUGGCAGUGUUCCUGCUCCAGACUCAUCGGUUCAGAUUAAACAAGAACCCAUGUCUCCUGAACAAGACGAGAAUGUGAAUGCUGUGUCGCAAGGCUCCCCUUGCAGUGAGUCCAAGGAAUUACUGCAAGCUAAUAGAGAGAUCAGUGACUAUUGCCCAGUUUAUCCAGGCAUCACUACGACAUUGUCCUUAUCGGAGCUAACAGGAAGUUUCCAUGAGCCUAUCCAAGAACUGAAGUUUCCUGUGGAGCAAGGAAAUACCAGAAACAAAGAAAACACUUCCUCUUGCCAAUCAGUUGGUCUUCCUGCCAUAAAUAAAGAAAGUGAAGAGCCAAACAAAGGCAAUAGUGGGUCUGAAGCCUGUACCAGCUCUUUUCCAAGAUUGUCUUUUGCUUCAGAAACCCCUUUAGAGAAGGAGCCUCACUCUCCAGCUGACCAGCCUGAACAACAAGCAGAGUCCACUCUAACAUCAGCUGAAACGAAGGGAAACAAGAAAAAGAAAAAACUGAGGAAGAAGAAAACUCUGCGGGCUGCCCAUGUCCCUGAGAACAGUGACACUGAGCAGGAUGUAUUUACUGCUAAACCUGUGAGGAAAGUAAAAACUGGAAAGUCCACUAAAGGAGGGAAAGUUACAACCUCUACCUGGGAAGAUAGCAGAACUGGUCCAGAACAAGAAAGUGUCAGAGAUGAGCCAGAUAGUGACUCCUCUCUGGAAGUCCUUGAAAUUCCUAAUCCUCAGUUAGAAGUAGUAGCCAUUGAGUCUUCUGAAUCUGGAGAAGAGAAACCAGACAGCCCAUCCAAGAAAGAUAUUUGGAACUGCACAGAGCAAAACACAUUAGAAACUUCCCGUUCUGGUUGUGAUGAAGUUACCUCUACUAGUGAGAUUGGCACUCGCUAUAAAGAUGGUAUCCCUGUAAGGUAA